CAGCGGGGGCGAUGUACUGUCGGAGGAAUAAAUCUAUGAUAUGAAGGAGGCGGAGAAUUAAUUUGUGUUCGAGUGGGGAGUAGGGGGGGUAGGCGGCCCCGCCCCCGGGCGCGCCAUCGCAGUGGCGGGCGCGGCGCGGAGCCCAAAGCACUCUAGUAGCGACUGUACGCGGGGCGCGAGAGUGUGCAUAGUGUUGUGGUCGGACUUGUGACUUGUACAGUGGCUGGACGCUGGGAGCUGACGUCGAGCAUGGGUGUGCUGUGAGCCGGCAAGAUAUCGCGGCGCGGCAUGGUGCUGGAGGGCGGGCUGCCGGCGCCGCUGCAGCUGUACGCGGCGGCGGCGGCGCAGCUGGCGCCCCGGCCGGCCUGGCCGCCGUUCCUGCCGUUCUUCGGGGUGCCGCCGCCCUUUCUCACGCGCCCGCGGCUGCCGCACCCGCUGCCCAACAGGGCGCCGCACGGGCCCCCCAGCGAGGACUCCAAUGAGGACGGAGCGAGCAGUAAAGGUGGUGUAUGCGACGACGACGGUGACAGUGGCAAGCGGAGACGUUCGAGGACCAACUUCAACUCGUGGCAGCUUGAGGAGCUGGAGCGAGCCUUCCUGGCCUCGCACUACCCUGACGUAUUCAUGAGGGAGGCUCUCGCCAUGAGGCUUGACCUCAAGGAGAGCAGGGUUGCUGUAUGGUUUCAAAACCGGCGCGCGAAGUGGCGCAAGAAGGAGCACACUAAGAAGGGACCAGGCCGGCCGGCGCACAACGCGCACCCGCAGUCGUGCUCCGGCGAGCCCAUCCCGCCUCACGAGCUGAGGGCGAGAGAGAGGGCGAGAAGAAGAAAGAAGUUGGCAAAAGCGUUGGAGAGGCAAGCGAGGAAACUGCGGGCGAAAGGCAUCGCGGUCGACCUCGAGGCCCUGAAGGCGGAGUACCUCGCGCAGCACAAGAACAGCGGCCUGUACUCCGACUCUGAUGGAGACCCGGAGGGCGAGGACAGCAUGAUAGACGUGGUAGGGGGGGACUCCUGCCACGACUCCGGCCCGGAGGACUUCUCCCUGUCCGGCCGGCUGCGGGCACCGUCCGGCGCCGACGGCAUGAACAACUCAGACAGUUCCACGUCCGAUGCUCAUUCCAACAGAAACUUCAGCCCCAUCCCGGAACCCCAGCCCUCCUUCUUCAAACACUUCGGCGGCGCGAGUGCGAACUUCGAGAAAUUCGACUUCGACUCAGGCCGGGCCGUCUCCUUAGACUUAAGCGGCGGAGGCCACGCCACGGAACAGGACCUGUCCAAAAACGGGGGAACAAGAAAACAUAAUCCUUUCAGUAUAGAGUCCUUGCUUAACACGUGAAAGUGACUGUAACUUGUGACUAUAGAGGCUCUCGGUUAUCCGUGACUACUGGUGAAGUUUGCGCUGUGACUGAGUGCAGCAGUGACCAGCUUUACGGACAUUGUUAUUAGUGGCUGGAGGGGGCACGCGUCGACUGCGACCCCUCCACUGUUGUCCUCAACCACACGCCCCACAGGCAUUUCAGAGAUGUUCCUUUGCUAUGUUUAACUAUUGUUAUUAUCAUUAGUUCUAAUUAGCUUGAGUAAAGACUUGACGAGUACCAUAUAACUACAUAUCCUGUGUGAAUACUAGAUGUAGGCAAUGUAUUAUAUAGGUAGUAGUGUAUAUAGUAAUUUUUAUAUUUAUUUUUCUUUUACAAAUCGGGGCAAUAAUUUAUAUUGACUGUUAAUGAUGUGGUAUUUUAUAUUUUUUUGCAUAUUUCAAAUUUUAUUUGUUGACUUACCAAAUGACGGACGAAUUGGACAGUUUGUGAUUAAUGGAAAUAAUAAGAUUUGAAACGAAGCCAGUAUGAGUAUUCUUAAAAUAUUAUGCAUUUGUUUCAUUUUCAAAAGAGUUUUAUACGUUUGUUUUAGGUGUUUGAAAUAAACAUACAAAGCUCUAAGGAAAAAGGUGGUAUGUAUAAACAUUUGCAGAGACAAAGGCAUGUUCCAUAGCAAGCUUCUUAUCCAGGCAUUAACAUGUGAACUAAACACUAACUUUGUACAUCCAUUAGGCAAAGCGGCGAACAAUUAACUUAAUUACACCGCCAUUACUGUAUAAUUUCUUGACAGUAGCACUUUGUUACAAUUACCGCGAUAAACCGACCCCGCUAUGAUACAACACAGUUUAAAAAUAAUAAUACACCAGAGUAAUUAGUGUAUCCUAGCUGUCAUCAAUAUUGUAACAUUACGCAGUUUGACCGUCAAGCUAUGUAGAACUUAACUAUACGUUCUUCCAUCUCGAUAACAUUUCUGAACUAUUAGUUUAUGAAACACAUUUAAUGCUCCGUCGACAGUAUGUAAACCAAAAGAUUAAUCCAAGAUAGUUUUUAAUAAUCCGAUAAACUUAAUCGUAACAGCAGAAACAAUAGAAGCAUGAGAAGUAAUUUAAAAAAAUCCAUUUACCAAAUAAAGAUGGCGGCUCAAAUACAAUUACUAUUGGCGAAAGAAAUACAAUCUCUGGUCGUAAAAUAACAACAAUUAAUGAAUGUAUAAUGCGUAACGACCGAUAAGAGAGCCAAUUAGCAAAACAAUAUGGCCGCCUCGGUUUAUUGCCAUUUUUACUUACUCCGCAGUGAGUUUAAUAGGUACAUAACAAUGUGCAAGCCGAUUGGUCACGCAGUUAUUGUCUCGAGCCGUUGGCACGUGAAAUUAUCCUACUUUGAAACUCUAUAGAACAUUUUUAUGAAUGCUUCGUCGGCAUAAAAUCGGAAAGUGGCGAAUAAUUGGGGAAAACGACAGUUUUACGCCUACGACAAGCCUUUGAAACAUCUCAAAUUGAAACUUAGUUAAAGCCUAUUUAAGUGCAUCUAAUUAAGGGAAAUCUCUUAGUAAUUAAAUAACGACUGUUAAUAAUUAUUUGUAAGCCACAAACAGGAUAGUGUUUUUGCAAUAACACAAUGACACACACAAAUUAGUGACAUUCGCAAUGUAUUGAUGACUGAAUAACCCCUAGAUAAAGCUGACACCUAUAAAAAUGCUUUUAAAACAUUGUUAUGGAAACAUCGCGACAAAUAAUAUUUAUUGCUUGUUUAAUUGUCAUUCGGUGAUCUUACAGCAAUUGACUUUUGACGCCGGCUUAUUUUGUUGGCGGCGGUAACCUAGUGACACCAAUUUACGAUCACCAUAUCAAGUCAAAUUUGAUUAGAUGCCACUUACCCUUUGAGCAUAAAAAAAAUCUUUGAUCUCCUAUUUUUAUUUUGUCUUUUAACUGACUGCGAUGCUGACGUCCACUUGUUUAUAUAAAAUAUUCUUUGAUUAAUGGGUUUUAUUAUAUCCUUUUAUCAUCUUUGAUAUUUUUGUAAAUGUUGCCGACGAACUUUUGACUUUUGUAUUUUUAUGUCUGCAUAAAUGGUCAUUCUACUACAGGGUGACCAACUUUGGUUCUCAUUGUUCUCAAUUACAAAAAUAAGUUUAUGAACGUCCUUAGUUCUCUUCGCCACAUCGUUUAUAUAAUAAUUUUGAUUUAUAAUGGAAGUAAUGUAGUAAUAAGCAUAAAUCGUUACUAACUGUACAUUUUUGUAGUCGGAAACAAUAUCUUAGGUACAAAAUAUAUUGAUUAAGUUUUAAUUUAUAUUUAUAGAAGAGAUGAGGAGAACAGAUAUUUGUAAAUGACUAUCACACUGUAUGUAAGAUGUAAAAAGGAAUGUUACGUGAGUAAUUUAUUGAAUCAAAAUAUAACACGAUUAAACACACA